AGCAAACAACACAAUGGCUAACAAAUACUCUGUCAUCUUACCGACCUACAACGAAAAGAGAAACUUGCCAAUUAUCAUCUACUUGUUGGCCAAGACCUUCAAGGAAAAUAAGUUGGACUGGGAGGUGAUCAUCGUGGAUGACGCUUCGCCAGAUGGCACCCAGGAUGUUGCCAAGCAAUUGAUUAAAUUGUACGGCGCGGAGCACAUUCAGUUGAAGCCAAGAGCUGGAAAGUUGGGGCUCGGGACUGCCUAUGUUCACGGGUUGAACUACGUUACGGGUAACUUUGUCAUCAUCAUGGACGCUGACUUCUCGCACCAUCCGACCGCCAUUCCGCAGUUCAUUGCCUUGCAGAAGGAGCAGGACUUUGACAUUGUCACCGGCACCAGAUACGCCGGCGACGGUGGGGUCUACGGUUGGGACUUGAAGAGAAAGUUGGUCUCCAGAGGUGCCAACUUCUUGGCCUCCAUCACCUUGAGACCAAAUGUCAGUGACUUGACCGGCUCCUUCAGAUUGUACAAAAAGGACGUGUUGGCCAAGAUCAUCUCUGUUACCAAGUCCAAGGGCUACGUAUUCCAAAUGGAGAUGAUGGUCAGGGCCAGAUCCUUGGGCUUCACCAUCGGCGAGGUUCCGAUCUCCUUUGUUGACAGAUUGUACGGUGAAAGUAAGUUGGGUGGCGAUGAAAUCGUUGGUUACUUGAAGGGUGUCUGGAACUUGUUCACCUCUGUUUAAGGGACGCUCGAAGUGCUCCAUGACAUUUUGAAAUAUAUGUGUGUCGUUUGAAAUGAAGAAGUGUAACCGUAGUUAAGGUGCUGCAGGUGUCUCGCUCUGAAUGAGGCUAUAGGUGCCCCAUCCUACGUGAUUCUAUAUGACGGGGGACACUGAUAGUGUAUCAACCUCUGUAACAAGUCUAAAGACUGAUGCAAAGCUUUACCAGUCGGUCCAUAUAAAGGCCGACUGGCCGCCUCUCUAUAUCUAGUUCAUAUCUAAUGACCAAUUCUACUCGGC